AUGGAGGACAAGAAAGAAAAUCUCCCAGAGGUGCUGAAGUCACAGAGUGGAAACGAUAUCCAGCACAUAGAGGAGAAUCUCAAGGUACCGGUGGCAGCCAACAUCAAGCAAGGACAAGACAGUGAACUGUACCUUGAAGCAAUUCAGAGAUAUCCUAAUGAUGAGGCCAUCGAUAAAGAAGCAGAAAGGAGGCUGAAACGCAAGCUUGACAUGCACCUCCUUCCACUUCUUGGCAUAUGCUACUUCUUUUAUUAUGUUGACAAGACGACACUUUCCUACGCAGCAAUAUUUGGCAUUAAAGAGGACCUGCAUCUAUCUGGUUCAGAAUAUUCCUGGUUGUCAAGUAUUUUCUACUUUGGAUGGUUAGUUUGGGCAAUCCCAUCUAACCUCCUCAUGCAACGCAGCCGGAUGGCUUGGUAUCUCGCCUUCAACAUCUUCAUGUGGGGCGUACUUCUCAUGUGCGAGGCUGCAUCGCAGAACUUCGGCGCGCUUGCGGCACUCCGGGUUAUUUCUGGCGCGUUUGAGGCGAUCGCUGACCCUGCGUUCAUGCUCGUCGUCUCUACAUACUAUACCCGUGCGGAGCAACCUUGGCGUAUUUCGGCAUACUAUUUAUGGAAUGGUAUCGGUAUUGCCGGCGGUGGUCUUAUUGGUUAUGGGAUCGGCAAUAUUAAGGGUGGUCUUCAAUCCUGGCGAUAUGAGUUUCUCAUCAUCGGUGCCCUUUGCGCUGCCUGGGGAAUUGCAAUCGGCUUGCUGUUACCCAACUCGCCAGCAACAUUUUGGGGCUUCAAUCGUGAAGAGAAACUGUUAAUGAUUGCACGACUGCGAUCCAACCAGACCGGUAUUGAGGGACGAAAAAUUAACUGGGGUCAGGUCAAAGAAGCAUUUUUCGAUUACAAAACAUGGCUAUUUACUGUCCUUGGUUUCCUUGCCAACGUUCCCAACGGCGGAAUAUCCAACUUCUCUACUUUGGUUAUCCAAGGCCUCGGCUUUGAUACACUCAACACGGCGCUUCUCGGUAUACCCCAGGGAGUCAUUGUGGUCAUUUGGAUUGUGCUUGGAGGAUACGCGAACCAAUAUAUGCCGAAGAAUAGCCGCACCCUAGUCUGCGCACUAUUCAUGAUUCCAACUAUUGCGGGUGCCCUCGGAUUCUUGCUUGCCCCCGAUAAUGCAUACGUCGGCCGACUGAUCUGUUUCUAUCUCACUGGAUCGUAUCAAGCCUCCUUCGUGAUAUCGCUUUCCCUUGUUACCUCCAACACUGGCGGGCAGUCCAAGAAAAUGAUCGUGUCUGGUAUGAUCUGGUUUGGAGCAUGCAUCGGCAACAUUGCUAGUCCCUUCUUUUACAAAUCCGAGCAAGCGCCAGCAUACCCCCUUGGCAUUGGUUCUCUGCUGGUUGCAAAUUGCCUUGAGCUCAUUCUUUUCUUCGUGCUUCGCUAUGCCUUUAUCUGGGAGAACAGAAAAAAGGAGAAGAUGCGCGACGAAUUGCGGGAGAGAGGGGGUGAGGCUGAGCUUAUGGCCGAUUCCACAGCCUUUGCUGACCUGACUGAUGCACAAAACCCGAAUUUCGAGUACGUAUAUUGA